UGCAGGCAUGGGGUGCACGCAUGGGUUUUGUCAGACAAGAUGAGCAUUGUCCUGUCCUCGCGUACUUUUGUUUGCGCGGUCGGUUAGCGAAGACAUGACUUAAUUUAGAAAGACUAUUGUAUUGAGCAGCGGACAAGCGUCGCACAAACCAGUUCCCGCCUUGAUAGCUGAUAGUCUAGACUAGAAUAACACGUGUUAACGAAUGCGGAAAAUGUAGAGAAAGGGUUGAUGGUUCUGGAGGGUAUAUAAUAACGAUAUUUGGCUUAGUAUAAGGAAUUAAGGCUUUCAUGAGAAAGUGAGGAUUUUUUUUUUUUUUUGAAAGUGAGGAUUUAACUCUGGCAAAUAUUAUUGUAUUUAACUCAGAGAAGACAUUGAAACGUUUAAAAACUCCUUAGUGUGACCUAGUUUUUGUUAUGGAAAGUGAUCCUGCUUGAAAGUUGGGAAACAAAUAAGAGCCGAAGUAGAAGGCAACAAGCAUUAGGUAAAGCAAUGUCAGAGAGAAAGUUCAGGAAUGGAUAGUCUGUUAAGCAGGUGGACUCACAGGGCCUGGUGAUGUUUUGAUGGUGAGAAACCUCCACUGUAAGGUCAUAGAUUUCUGUCUUCAGUCAUUGGGAUCAGAAAAUGCUGAAAAGGGGCCCAGAUCAGAGAGUGAAUAUGGAUUGUACCUGUCAGGAAUUGAUAAUCAACAGGGAACAAAAAGAUGUUAGAGGCUCUCAAAGAAUAAAUUAUACUGCAUGAUAGUUAGGACAGAAUUUGUUCUGAAAUGGUAUAUGGAUUUCUGAGAUUUUGAGAAAGUGGCUUUCUCAGCCCACCAGGAGGCUACAGAGACUCAGCCUUGAUGGAUGGAAAAGCCUUGAGGUUGAGCACAAUGGGGCUCUUAGGAAAGAGAAUUCCCUAGAGCCUAGCAGAGGCAGAGUGAUCAAUCUGCAGUUUGGGAGAGUUUAGUUAGGAAAACUUAGAGAAAGUACUGGGAAGACAGGCCAGAACCGGAGGAAAACUCUUUCUACAGGAAACGAGGCACUGUGUAAUGUUUUUAGGAAGGAACAUUAAACUGAAGCAGAGAAAGCACUAUGGGGUCCAUAUAGUCUACCUUGCCUCCAAACCACAUCAAGUAGGUUUCUCCGCCUCAGCCAUUCCCUCUAAGUUGUUCAGAUUUGUUUCCCUCCGUUCCUGCCUCUCCCUCAUUUCCCAUCCCGCUUCCCCACUUAGCUUGUCUUCAGACUUUAAGUUUCUCAUCUGCUUUUCUCGUCCCUGUUUCCAUUGGCCAUUUCCUUGGUUAGCACUUUGAUUGUAGUUUAACUGUUCCUCCAGACCGUCCUUUUCUGUUAUUAGACGUAUUGAUGAAACAUGUACAAUCAUAUCCUUAUGCUGCUUGAGACUGUUCAAUGAUAGGAACAAUAAGAACAGAGAGAUAUACGACAAUAGAGUCUAUAGUAUUUUGAGUUAAAAGAUGUUACAAAAGUAAGUAAGGGCUGGUGAAAUGGCCCAGUGAGUAGUGGCACUUCCUGCCAUGCCUGGUGUCCUGAGUACAGUCCCUGAUGACACACGUGGUGGAGAGAGGGAACUCUCUUUAGUGGUUCUCUGACCUUCACAUGAACACCGACACAUAUACGCCCUCCCAAUACAAUACCUCCCCUAAAGUGAAAACAAACAAACGAUGUAAGUCAGAAUUGUACAAGUCAGAACUUAGAUGUUAGAGCAAGUCACUUCACCACUUGGGACAGUCCCCCUCAUCAACCUUCAUGCUUGUCAUUUUCUCCUCCCUGCCCUGUAACAUGCUAUGCUUGCCUCACAACAUAGCCUUUUCCAUAUAUGCUUGUGAUUGGAGCCACCCGUCCCUUAUUGUAAACUCUCUGAGGCUUUACAUGAGUCCAAGUGCUUCUGUAAUUCUAAUGUGUUCUUAGGGUAGUAUGUGACCAUUGAGCUUUGCAUAGUGUAGUUGUCCGGUUGGUGUUUGCUGAACGAUGACUGAAGCCGUGUAGCAAGGCACACGCUGUGGAGGUGAGGAGAACAGAAUGGGUGUGAAACAUGGUUGGAGACUCACCUGGACUUAGAUUAAAUAAGGAAUUAGCUGACUCUUAGUGACCAAGUUGGUGAUAAACCCAUCCACGAAAUUUAAGAAUCAGAAGAGGUUGGCUCAAUUUUGAAGACACGAAAAGCAGAUUUUUAGAUAUGCUUGGCCUGUGGAGAUGUUGAAGGAAAGUUUGAUGUUUUAUUCAAUAGAGUUCGGACAAUUCAGAAGAAAAGUGGAAACUUUGAUGAAACUUUUUUGGCUCUGCCCAGGAUGCUGAGUGGGAGGAGUAUAAGACCGGCAACAAGAAAGCUCCUAUUCAGACAUAUGUGCUUGGUGCCAAUAACGAGGAGACAGCAAACUAUUUCCAGGGUGCUGAUGGCUGUGAAUUGGCUGAAAACAUCACUUACCUGGGUCGGAAAGGUGUCUUCACUGGAAGCUCGGGGCUACAGAUUGUAUACCUCAGUGGGACCGAGUCCUUAGAUGAACCAGUCCCAGCCCACAGCUUUAGUCCCAAGGAUGUGUCUUCUCUGAGAACAAUGCUGUGCUCGGCUUCCCAGUUUAAAGGUGUUGAUAUCUUACUCACGUCCCCGUGGCCCAAGUACGUGGGGAGCUUUGGGAAUUCCUCUGGAGAAGUAGACACCAAAAACUGUGGCUCAGCUUUGAUCUCCAGCCUCGCCGUGAGCUUGAAACCGAGGUAUCAUUUUGCUGCUUUGGAAAAGUCGUAUUAUGAGAGGCUUCCGUACCGAAACCAUGUUGUUCUACAAGAAAGCGCGCAGCAUGCCACUCGCUUCAUAGCGCUGGCGAAUGUUGGAAAUCCAGAAAAGAAGAAGUAUCUUUAUGCCUUCAGUAUUGUUCCCAUGAAGCUGAUGGCUGUAGCCGAACUGGUAAAGCAGCCUCCGGACGUCACCGAGAACCCUUACCGAGACUCUGGGAAGCAGGCAGCCGGAGGGAAACACAUUCCCGCCCCUCAGGAAGAGUCAGCCUGUCAGUUCUUCUUCGAUUUGAGUGAAAAGCAGGGAAGGAAGCGGCCGUCCACAGGCAGGGAUACCAGGCCUCCCCACGCUAAGCAGCCUCGCAAGCCUCCUCAGCCUCCAGGCCCUUGUUGGUUUUGCCUCGCCAGCCCUGAAGUGGAAAAGCACCUGGUGGUCAACAUUGGCACACAUUGCUACCUUGCCCUGGCCAAAGGAGGCUUAUCUGAUGACCAUGUCCUCAUCCUGCCCAUUGGACACUACCAGUCCGUUGUGGAGCUCUCGGCAGAGGUGGUGGAAGAAGUGGAGAAAUAUAAGGCUACUCUGCAACGCUUCUUUAAGAGUCGGGGGAAGCGUUGUGUUCUAUUUGAAAGAAAUUAUAGGAGCCAUCACCUCCAGCUUCAGGUCAUUCCUGUGCCCCUCAGCUGCUGUGCUACAGAUGACAUUAAAGAUGCCUUCAUUACCCAGGCACAGGAGCAGCAGAUAGAGCUGUUGGAGAUUCCAGAACACUCAGACAUCAAACAGAUUGCACAGCCAGGAGCAGCAUAUUUUUAUGUUGAACUCGACACAGGAGAAAAGCUUUUCCACAGAAUUAAAAAGAAUUUUCCUUUGCAAUUUGGAAGGGAGGUCCUGGCCAGCGAAGCUAUUCUCAACAUUCCUGAGAAGGCUGACUGGAGGCAGUGUCAAACCAGCAAGGACGAGGAGGAGGCCCUGGCCCGCCGCUUCCGGAAAGACUUUGAACCCUUUGACUUCACUCUGGAUGACUAGCCAAAGGGGAGGGCACACCUCAGGUCACCGACUGGAACAGCAGAUUGUUCCAACCUGCUCUUAAAAUGGAGUUACCGUCUCGUGGGAGCUGCCUCCCUGCCUCUUCAAUAUAUUCCCAUGGACCUGCCUGCUGCAGGAGGCCUCUGAUUGACUUUUUAAAAAGAAGUCAUUCUGAGAUGCAAUGAUAAGUUAAGAGAACAUCUGCUAUGUAUUUCUAAGAACAGCUCUGUUUCUCCUCAUCCUCACAAACUUUUAAACCUUUCAGAUUGGGUAUGGUGGCUCAUGUCGCUCUUCUCAGAAACUGAACGGUUAUGGCUGGAAGACUGCUGUGAAUUCAAGGCUACUCUGGACUACAUAGUGAGUUUCAGGACAGUCUGGGCUAUGACGUGAGACCCAUCUCACCUCUCCAUCCUUGCCCUCAACCCCCCAAAAAUGUAAAAGUAAUGCCCCCCCAAAUCUUGUAAAUAAUAGAAAAGGGAACACUUUUCUAAGGCUGACAGAUGUCUUAUGUUGCUUAUGGCCACUGAAAUGAGAUUGUGUGUGCGGUAGAGAUCAGAGUUCUAUCCCCGGCUCCUUUCGGUCAGGGGAAGGGCACCAAGCCCCGCCUUUGCUACUGCUUUCCUACAGCAUCUUCCUCACAUGAAAGAGUCCAUUCUGUCUUUUAGAUAGUUAACUCUGCUGUGCUAGGACAUACUCUGAGAUCCAGGAGUAUAGCUUGUGAGUGCCCCAGUGUGCUGCCCUUGGUACAGAGUUUAGAGUCUAAUUUCAAAAGGAAGUGGCAGAUUAAGGGCAUGAGUUGAGUUUAAUUUGAAUGUGUUGUGUUAGAUGUUUAAAAUACCGGAGUUACCCAGUACACGUGUCCAGAAUGCCAUUAGACGCUUCUUCUAAGACUCAUGCAGAACAGGAUUGGGGCUAGGGCUUUGAGUGCAUUUUCAAUGUUUCAUGUGUGUAAGACACCUGAGUUAUCUCACAGCUGUGUCCAGAGUGCAGGUAGAUAAUUCUCAAACUCAUGCAGAUCUAGGUUGGUGAUUGGGCUUCGGGAACAGCCAGGGUAUGGACCAGAGUGAACUUACAAAAUAAAAAGGGCAAAUGCUAUAACCUAGAGCUUUUCCACCUGGCCUCUUUGUUCCCCAAAGUAGGGCCUCUGAGACUUCUUAAUAUUUCAUGAAUAAAUUCUGAGGCCAAAAGCUUUGGCUGGUUCCCCAGCUGGCUCAUAACUUAAUCACCAGUUUAUCCUAAGGCCUGCCAAGUGGCUGGCUCCCUCUCCUUCAGCUUCAGGGCCAAUCUUUCCCCCCUGACUAUUUCCCAGAAUUCUUUCAUUCAUACCUCCCCUGCUCCCCCUGACCCCAGCACCCUUUUCCCUCUCUGCUGGAUGUCCCACCUCCUAGUCCUGCCUCAGCUCAUUGGCCAUAGGGUUUUUAUUGACAGGUGACUCUGCCAUACACUGCACAAGAGAUUCUAUGCAAACACAGUCAGUUCCACCUUAAAUAUGACUAUGAUUUAAGGAGCAGCACAGGGAGAAACAGCAGUGUGAGCACAGGAGGACGCUGCAAGCUGGAAGCCAGAAGACAGGAAUUGGUCAUUGUUCCUGUAUAGACCACGAACAGUUUCACUUUGUUCUCAUAAAAAUCUCCUGACCUCCAUUUUGUUUCUGAACAACAAAAAAACUAAAACAGUCUUGGAAACCUGAAGAUUGUGGAGCCUGACAGGAACCAUUUUACAGUUAAAAAAAUUAAAAGGCCAGGUCUUUAAUCUUAGCAUUCUGCAGGCAGACCAGUGAGUUUUAAGGCCAGCCUGGUCUACAUAAUGAGUUCCAAGUCAAACAGGGCUAUAGCAAUAAACCUUGAGUUGCAUUUUAAUUAUAGAAUAUUUAAAAAGC